CACACUCGCUCGUCAUUGGCUCAUUCACGUUUCCCUGUUCAAUACGACGACGGAGAGGACAGCAAAUAUCAAAAUAGACCCCAUGAAAAAGUAGGGAAAAAGAAAACGAAACGAAUAAUAAGGAAAUUCGCAUCUCCUUGUAGAUCUGCCCACUUUUCGGUUCCUCCAAAAUUUCGUCGGCGUCGUCCUCCUCGUCGAGCUCAAACGGUCCGCCCAGAUCCGCACACUUUUCGCCUCCCUCCAUCAGUUUUCUUCCUUCUUGAGCUUCGACAGUUCUUCUAGGUUGUUAAUUGAAUGGAGGGAGUUGGAGGCGGCAGUGGUUCAUCUGCUGCACCUGUAAGCCAGGGGAUGCAGGACUUUAUGAGGCUCUUUCAAUAUUAUCUUGAUAAAACUACUCCUCAUACUACGUAUAGAUGGACUGGGACUUUGGUUUUGGCAUCAAUCUAUGUUUUGAGGGUUUAUUAUGUCCAAGGAUUCUACAUUGUGUCUUAUGGGCUGGGAAUAUAUUUGCUGAAUCUGUUGAUUGGGUUUCUGUCCCCUUUGGUUGAUCCAGAGCUGGAACCUUCAGAUGGACCUUUGCUGCCAACAAAAGGUUCUGAUGAGUUCAAACCUUUCAUUCGCCGACUUCCUGAAUUUAAGUUCUGGUAUUCUUUCACAAAAGCUUUCUGCAUAGCUUUUGUCAUGACCUUCUUUUCCGUUUUUGAUGUUCCUGUCUUUUGGCCUAUAUUACUCUGUUACUGGAUUGUUCUGUUUGUCCUUACCAUGAGGCGCCAAAUUGCACACAUGAUCAAAUACAAAUACGUUCCAUUGAACAUCGGAAAGCAGAAGUAUGGCGGUAAGAAGUCUUCUGCGAGUAGCAGUGGAUCUCGUGCAGAAUGAAGCUAGGCGGUUGCAUGCUCUGAAGGAUGCUUGUUCGCUGGAUUGAGAAGUGUUAGGGUUUGUGAACAUUUAGGGUAGUUGAUUUUUUACUUGAAGGAUUGUGUUUCCAGACUAUAAUGGGUGCCAAUAUGCAGUCACAGAAAAAUGGGUAGUGUUCACUUAGUUUUACGAUACCAGAAGAUAUGCUAAUGUUGGCACUUGGCAGUAAACUUCGUGCAUGUUUGGAUAUGUAUAUAAUCUAUUUUUGAAAAAAUCGAUUUUUUUAAGCCAUUA